AUGGAAAGUGAUAAAGUUGGAGCCCUGGAAGAACUGAAAAUGAAGCUGCAUAAUCAAGAAGAGAUAAAUGAAGGCAACACUAAUGAAAGUCCAUUACAGGUUCUGUCCAGCAAUGCCUCUCUCCCAGUUCCAGAGCUCUCAGAACCAGCCCAGGCUCAGGAGGAGGACUUGGCCCCAAAGAUCACAAACAUGCCUGAGAUACCUGAAAUGCCACAACCCAGGCAGGAGGCAGACAUUCCACAGCUCACAGAUGCAGCCAAGCCAGAGGAAGGUGUCACCCCGAGGUCCUCAGAACAAACUAUCAAGCCCCUGGAAGGAGACACUCUGAAACCCUCAGAACAGACAAUUGAGUCCCUGGAAGGUGAUACCCCAAAGCCCUCAGAAGAAACAACUAAACCAGUGGAAAGUGACAAAGUGAAAGUGAUCCAGAGCAAGGAGGACUUUGAGGCUGUGCUUAAAGAGGCAGGGGAGAAACUGGUGGUGGUAGACUUCUCAGCAACAUGGUGUGGGCCCUGCAAAAUAAUCAAGCCACUAUAUUAUGCCCUGUCUUACAAGUAUGAUGAUGUGGUGUUCCUUGAAGUGGAUGCUGAUGAGUGUGAGGAGCUGAUUAAAGAUUGUGGGAUCAUGUGCAUACCAACCUUUCAGUUUUACAGAAAAGAGGGAAAGGUGGGUGAAUUUUGUGGUGCCCUUAAGGAAAAACUGGAAGCAAUCAUUACAGAAUUAAAGUAA